AGUCACCCUGUUGCCUGAGGCCCCCCACCAGGCAGUGGAGGUGGUGUUCAUAGUCCUGGUGGCAGGGUCUCUCAGCCUGGUCACGAUUAUUGGGAACAUCCUGGUCAUGCUUUCAAUAAUAGUCAACAGGAAGCUGCAGACCAUAAACAACUACUUCCUCUUCAGCCUGGCAUGUUCAGACCUGAUCAUUGGGGUAAGCUCCAUGAACCUGUACACAGUCUACAUUGUGAUUGGCUACUGGCCUCUGGGACCAGUGGUGUGUGACCUAUGGCUGGCCCAGGACUACGUGGUCAGCAACGCCUCUGUCAUGAACCUCCUCAUCAUCAGCUUCGACCGUUACUUCAGUGUCACCAAACCGCUCACUUACCCAAGGAAAAGGACCACCAAGAUGGCGGGCAUGAUGAUCGCGGUGGCCUGGGUCCUUUCCUUCGUCCUGUGGGCACCGGCCAUCCUGUUCUGGCAAUUCAUUAUGGGUGUGCGGACCGUGCCGGAGACAGAAUGCUACAUCCAGUUCUUAUCCAACCCAACCAUCACCCUCGGCAUCACCAUCGUUUCCUUCUACGUGCCUGUCACCAUCAUGAUGUUGUUGUACUGGCAGGUCUCCAGGGCCAGCAAGAGCCGCGUGAAGACGGGCAAGUACGAGCCCUCAGGAUCAAAACACGAGAACCCAUCCAGCACCGAGGUUGGAGACCACAUUUUCACCCCCGAAGAUGACGACGAUGACGUGGAAACCCAGGGCACAGACAGGAGCCGGAAUGGCGCCCCUCACACAGUAGGUGGGGUCGGGGGCGGGCAGGAGGAGGUGGGAGGGGCUCAGAACUCUGACUCCAACAGGGGGCCGGUGCAGCCUGGGAGAAGCAGCACCGCCACGGCCAUCCAGCCUCAAGCUCGCCGCCACGCCCCUGAAGGCCGCAAAGGAAACCCCGCGCCGCACACCAUGGUGACAAAGCAGCGUCCCAAGAAUAAGGUGGCGCUGUCGCGCGGAAAAAAGGUCACGCGCACCGUCAUGGCCAUCCUGGUCGCCUUCGUGGUCACGUAUGCGCCCUAUAACGUCUUGGUGCUCAUAAACACCUUCUGCUCCACCUGCAUUCCCGACGCCGUGUGGAAAUUUGGCUACUGUCUCAGCUACAUCAACAGCACCAUCAACCCUGCCUGCUACGCCCUCUGCAACGCCACCUUCAAAAAGACCUUCAAACGGCUCCUGCUCUGCCAGUACAAGGACAUUCGCUCGGGUAGAUAA